AUGAAUCAUUGUUCAGUACAUUUUAAAGAGUUUAUAUUUUUAUGUUCGACUUGUUCGAAAUUAGUUUGUAAACAAUGUUGUGUCAGUGAUCAUAGCAAACAUCAGUUUGAUGAUUUCGAUUCAAUCAAAGAACAUGAGUUGAAGACAAAUGGUUAUCAAGACAAGAUUUCGAAUCUUUUCGAUCGAUUAAAGACAAUCAAAUCAACCAUUGACUCUUUAGAGUCGACACUUAGCGAAAUAACCAAGUUCUAUGAAGAUAUACACAAUGUUCUCAUGGUUGAAGAACACAAGAAGAAGAAACCAGUGGAAGAGCAGUUGGAGUUGGCAAAGUCACUUAUUCCAUUUGUGAUCGAGGAGAUUAAUUCACUCAAGGUCAUUACCAAUACAAUCCACCACAACGAAAAUCCAAAGAACCCAAAGGGUAGAUCAGGAAAGCAAGUAACUCAAAGUCCAGACAACUCAACUAUCAAAGAGCACAAACAAUACGAUAGCAAAGAACACAAACAAUACUAUAGCUCUCAAGUUGACAAUCUCCUCAAGGCCGUCGAACAGUCAGUUGACUAUAAGAAAGUUUUCCAAAGAUUCUAG